AUGCCAAGCCGGUCGCCGUUUGCUGUUGACAUGGCGAGCGAGUCCAAGUCGCCCGAUCGUAACGAGGAAGUAGACCGCCCUACGAGCCCUGCGGCCUCCGAGAAAGACGCUCCGGAGCCAUUCCCAUCUUACAUCGAACCGCAUCAUUUUGACGCGGCGACCAUGGACGCCGAAGGACCAUUAGGGCUGGACAAUGUGCGCUAUCUCACGGCCAAAGACCGCCAAGCGCUCCUUGAAGGCGGACUCAAGCUUGAGAUUCUCAUUGGCGAUAAAUGGGUCUGUUCGAUGCCCUGGCGUCUCUUCCAAGCUCUGUCAACCAAGGCGACGGAAAUCAGCGAUUCUGAUCCCAAGGUCCGCCAACUGCGUCUUCCCGCUGGGCUUAGCAAGAUGCCUUUCUUGUAUAUCCUUGAAUGGCUGAAACAGAUCACGACCUCGAGUCACUUCUGCUUGCUGAAGCGGCGCAACGAUGCCUCCGAGGAUAUAUCCGUCUGUCGCGCCGCGCGUCUUUUAGGCAUGACGGAAUACGCACAACAUAUCUUCAAUCACUAUUGGUUUAAUUUCAACAACACCACGCCUAGUUUCGACGAUAUCAGCGCUGUUGAACAACUGGCGACAACAGAGGAGAAGAUUGGCUUGGUUGGUCAUGACGGAGCAGUGCUUCUGGACUGCAUUGUCAAGCGACUGGCAUACAUGGUGGUCAACAAAAAGGUACCCGACUCGACAGCCUUGGCCGAAUUCCUUCAAAAGCAUCCAAAGGUACUAGGCGGAAUUGCAGAGAUCGUGAACCCAACAACGACCGGCGGUAUCCAAGGGACUGGGCAGAACACUUCAACACUGCCGCCUUUCGGACGAAGUUCAAUGGCUCCACUAGACAAUACCGCAACAUCUCAGAACACUCGGCAUCUGAGUGGGCAGUUUGGUCAACAUCUCACGCAACCAUUGCCCAUGGCGCAUGCUGUCGGCCAAUCUCAGUCAUUCUUGCAGUCCAAUUCCACCGGUGUCAGCUCGAUACCUCUCAUGUUGAACAGUGCAGUCGAUGUAGGGUCUGCGUUUCGGGCAGUGAGCGGAAAUAUCGCUGCUUCACACUUGGAGGCUCGGCCUCUCAACGAACGUCUCAAGGGAACUCACGCGACCUACGCCCCUGAUUUGGCUUAUGGGAACCUAGCCAGUGGAUCCGCCUAUGUCUCCGCACAUGCAUUGUCAGACAUCAACCAGGCACACUACAACUUGAACAGUUGCUUGAAUAUGGGGCCUAACAACUCCGAUGCCAUCCCUGCAACCUUCGGCCGCCGAAACACGCUAUCGGGACAAUUUCGACCACCGUACCACAUGGUUCAAGAUGAUAUGCAGAAAAUUCAACCACUCCCGCAAAACACGAACAUUGGCGCUAUUGGAGAAGGGUUUGGUUCAGGUCCGCAGACGUCCGCACCUCACUUCGGAACCCAGCCGUUCCCGACCGCAUCAGAUUCUCCACUUCUUGCGGCGGCCAAGAAGAUGUUCCCCCAGCCGGAAAACAAAAAUGAGGCGUAUCUCUGGGCUUCUCAACAUGCUACUGCGCUGCUGGAGCAGAACACUCAUUUCCGCGAGGAGCGCUCUCGUGCUGCCGUCCAGCCGAAUUUCACGUUCACGAAGGAUACAUGGAGCCCGGGCCAUGCUCCUGUUCUCCAAGAGCUGCCUCGAGCCGAUGGGGCUGCCAUGGGACACCGGACGAAGCAGAGCUGGGGUGACAAGAAGAAUGCUUAA